AUGGGAUCGUCUAAAAAAGUGCCAUCUUCAAGAUGGCGAUUUUUCACAAUUGGACUUUUGCUCUUGGGUGCGGCUUUCUUAAUGUUCGGCAUGUUGAUGCAUCUGAUAUUUAUUCCGAUGCUCGUAGAAGAAAGUGUUCGGGAGAACACAAGGCUCAUCGAAGGUUCACAACUAAUGAAAGGAUGGUCGCAACCUGCCUAUGAUCUUUUAUUCAAGAACACAAGGCUCAUCGAAGGUUCACAACUAAUGAAAGGAUGGUCGCAACCUGCCUAUGAUCUUUUAUUCAAGGUUUACGUGCAUUCGAUCAAAAACCCAGACGAAAUUAUGGAGGGAGCUGUACCCGAGGUUAACGAAUCUGGACCCUAUACGUUUAGUAAAACAGUUACAAACAAGGUACUCUCGCAUAAAGAUGGUGUUGUGAAAUUCAAACGGUUCACGUCGUAUACCUUCAACGAAAGCGAAUCAUGCCAGACAUGCAUUCUGGGAAAUCGAAUAUGGAUUCCUAAUAUGAUUUAUCAGAAAUUCGUUGAAGCAGCUUCGACAGAAGGAAUGAAAGCUGCUGUUGCCACAUUGGUAUCGCAAACUGCAUUCCUCGAAGUGGAAGUUGGAGAAUUUCUGUUCGAAGGCUAUAAGGAUCCUUUUCUCGACAAGGUCUGUACACUCCCAUUCAUGAACUUUGUAUGCGAGUCUAUUCUGGACGUGCCUGAACGCAUUGGAUUGUUUUUCGAGUCCAACAACACGGCUGAUGGUGUUUACGAGAUCUCUGAUGGGGUGGAAAACUCCAAAGACCUUGGACGCAUCAUAACGUUUAAUGGGAAGAAAUCUGUGGACUAUUCAUGGUGGUCGAGUCCCAAUGCAAGAAUGAUUCGUGGAACAGAGGGAAUGCUUUUCCCACCUUUUUUGAAGAAAUCUGAUAAAAUUCAUAUUUUUAUCAGUUCGCUCUGCAGAUCCGUAUGGUUGGAGUUCCAGAAGGAAGUAGAGUACAAAGGCGUCCCUGCCUAUAGAUUUAUGCUGCCAGCUGAGGUCUUCGAUCCUCACGUUCCUGAAAACGAGGGUUUUUGCAAUCCUACUGAUAAGAAGUUCUUUGCCUCUCAGAAUGAAAGCGAUGAUUGUUUUCCUGCUGGUUUACUGGAGAUAAGCAAAUGCCAACGAAGUCGACCGCCUAUCAUGAUAUCAUUGCCAAAUUUCAACUUCGCUAGUGAUGAAGUGCGAAGAACAGUCAAAGGCUUGAAUGCUACAGAUCCGGAACGCGAUAUAAUUUUUGUCGAUAUUGAACCGCGUUUGGGGGCUGUUUUGCGUGCUCAUCGACGUUUCCAAAUCAAUGUCGAAAUGUGGAAGGGUUUGAACAUAACUUUCCCCAUAAACCUGAACAAGACUCGCUCUUCACUGAUUCCUGUGCUGAUCAUCCACGAUGAUGCGGAGAUUGAUCUGCCAACUCUGAACUAUAUCAAGGAUAAGCUCAUUCGAGUUGAAUGGUGGGCACACUCGACCACGACGGCUAUGGCUGGAGCUGGACUAGCCAUGAUGCUCAUUGCUGCUGUAUAUGCCUUGCUAAAGUCGGAUCUAAUCUGGCCGUCCAAGACUGAUUCCGUGUCACCAUUGCCGCCUUACGAGCCACGAGGAUCGCCGAUUAGCUCAAAAACUUUCUUCUAAUAUAGCAGUUUUUUAGACUUCGAAUUUGUUUUCAAAGUGGCUUUUAUCUUGAACAAUUUGACAUUUGCUGAGCCUUACUUCGGGUAGGAGUACUCGCUCACACUAAGCUUUAUCGAUCUGUUAUAGAUUCCCUUUUUGUGAUACUGAAUGUCUUGCAGAGAGAUUUUCUAUUUUGUUGUUUUCCGUGCCCAAAUUGCGGCAAACGUUAUUCUCCUAGACGUUCAGUAGUCAAAGCUGCCCAAUCCUUCCCAUUUUCCUAACACGGACUGUAAAUGAGAUUGUUGUUAUGGAGUUGUAAUAUGUGUAUGCUUCGCUCACAUAACUGACUUCUGAUGCAUCAACGUGAUCUGUUCCUGUAGUCACUAUGUGUAUAUAUAGUCGUGUAUUACCAGCUCUAAAUUUUUAGUGACAAACGGGUAAUCAAAUAUCACAAUAUCUGUUCAAUGCUGUAUAACCAUGUGCAAAUGAAUAAAUGAAAGAUGUAUUGA